AUGGCGUCUAGUAGCCGAUCCACCACUGGUUUGGAACAACAAUGGAAGGAUAUUUGUUUGGAAGAGGAAGAGGAAAACGAGGUGGCUUUCGAAGAAGAGGAAGAGGAAGAGAUUGAAUUUGAUGAUCGUUGGUGUCUUGUUGGGCGCUUAUUGACUGGGAAAAUAUCUGAUUUUCAGAUAUUUCAAAAUAUGAUAGCGGAUUUAUGGAAACCCGGGAAAGGCAUGUAUAUCAAGAUUCUUGAGCAAAACCGAUUUCUAUUUCAGUUCUACCAUGAAAUAGAUAUCAAACGUGUUUUGGCGGGCAGUCCGUGGACAUACGACCGUAAACAACUCAUCAUCGAGCGACUCAAACAAGGUGAAAACCCGAGAACUAUUCCUCUAAACAACCUUGAUAUUUGGGUGCAAGUCCAUGAUCUACAACCCGGGUUCAAAACCGAGAGGGCCAUUUGUCAAGCCGGGAACUACAUUGGUUUGUAUCUUGAAUCGGAUCCUAACAACUUUCAAGGUAUUUCGCGUGAAUAUUUACGUGUUCGUGUUCGUCUGAAUAUUGAAAAACCUCUCAAAAGGCGUAUGAAGUUCAAGAAGAAGAAUGGCGAUGUGUUCUAUGCAAAUUUCAAGUAUGAGUAUGUUCCCACCUUUUGUUUUAUCUGUGGCAUCUUGGGCCAUUCGGAGAAUUUUUGUAGCCAACUCUAUGAUACACCACCGGAAUUGAUCAAGAAGCCAUAUAUUAAAGAGAUGAGAGCUCCGUCACGGCGUCAGAACUUCCUCACGGCCUCUCCUUGGCUUAGGACCGGCAAGCCCGAACCUUCCAUGGCCGAGCAAAUCACCACAAUCAACUGCAUUCAACAUGAAGACUCAAUCACAGCCUCAAUCGCAGCCUAUGAUUGCGAGUCCAACAAGGCAGAGUAA